UAUUGAAAAAAAUAUGAUUUUCUAAAAAAAAAAAAAAAAUGAAACCAUUGAUGAAAAAAAUGUGCAAAAUCAAUAAAACAAAUUAAAAUAAAUAAUAUUGUAAGGGGGAGCUACAACAAAAUGGCAUUUGUGUAAAUUUUUCCAAAGAUAAGACCUUUUUCUUACCUAUCAUCACUAUAUAUACCUCUGAUUUCGCACUAUACCAAUAUCUUCAACCUUAUCCAUUUCUAUUGUCGCUCAAAAUCAUUCGCAAAACACAAAAAAUAUCCCAAUUUCUCAAUCCCUAAAAAUAUCUCCAUAACCAUGGAUGUGCUUCAUCCUCAAAAACCUCCUCAGUCAUCAAGAUUAAACCCUAACGCUCCCGUUUUCAUCCCUAUGAAAUCCUACCAAACGAUCGAAGAUUUCUCCGAUCAGUGGUGGGAGCUUGUUCACUCUUCUCCCUUCUUCCGUGACUACUGGCUUCAAGAUUGCUUCGAGGACGUUGACGAUGGAGUUUUCGAUCCUUCUGAUGAUCUUGAUCUCCCUGAUUUCGAUGAUCUCUUCGAUCAAGAUCUCCAGAAUCAUGAGAUGAAAAUGGAGGAGCAAAAGAAGAAAGGAAAUAAGGAUUUGAUUUCAAUGGCGGCGUUGAAAUGGAGUGAAUCUGGAGGUAGAACAAUGGAAGCGCCGAGGAUGUUCGAGAAAGUUCCGAAGAUUGUGAAGGGAGUCAAAUUGAGUCCGAGGACGAUUCACCAACCGCGUUAGAGUUACAUGGGACUGAGUUAAUGACUAAGAGUAGGACUACUUCUGCAUUGUUCUUUGAUUUUCUGGUUCUUGCUGUUAAAUCCUCAUUGUAUAGGAGAGGUCUAGAGGAUAAGUAUGUUUAGAAUUUGUGACUUUGAAUUGAUGUUCUUUUCUAUAUGCUUUAGAUUUAGAUCUAGGAUGGAAGAGUAGUCGUUAUGUUUGUAAUUUGUAGUUCUACUCUUGUUUCAAUUGAACAAAAUUAAAAAUGGGAAAAUUGAAAAAUUUUAGAAUA